AACGCAUCACUGUAGAAAACGUCUACACGUCCGAUGGGUCUGUCUUUACGUAUUGUUUUUCUGGGCUGAGGAACUUUUCCAAACAGGAACUGGACAGACAUGUCCGGCGGUAAACAGUGCUUAUGCCAGUUUUCCAUUCGCGGGUUGUAACUUAUAUUGAUCUACUUAUCUACUAGUUAGGUAACGCCUCCUCCUCUUCUCCGUCGCCCCUUCUGCUACAAAGUUCAACCGACUUUAUGUUUCAUGGUUUAUGUGAAGGUUCAAGGUGUGAUCGGACUGUGUGCAGCCGCCAGGUAACACCAGUUAGACUGGUUUCCCUCUGUUACUACCAACUCCGUGCAGUAGCUCCAGGUGAGUUUUCUUCAAACAUCAAUAUGACUGGAAAACGUGACGUUUUGGACGAACCAAAGAGGAGGACAAUUAUUCACGCCGUCUACCUCAUCACUGCUUUGGAUAUAACAUGGAUGUUUUUACAGUUUUCUAUCACACCUUUUUUGGCAAAGAAACUUGGCUUUGACACUUUGUGGUUCGGUUAUUUGCAAACAACGGUGGGCAUCAUUCAGCUGUUUGGUGGGCCUCUGUUCGGAAGGUAUGCAGAUCUCUUCGGGGCACGAGUAGCCUUGUCUCUAGCUUGUAGUGCAACUGUUGUUUUCUUUCUGCUGCUGGCAAUAGCAGAAAACCCUCUAAUGCUGUUCAUACACAAAAUCCCUACAGUCUUCAUGCAUGUACUACCUGCAUCUCAGAUGGUGGUGGCUGACCUCACUGAACCUGAAAAACGGGCAGACGCUUUAUCUAAACUGGGUCUGUGUUUCGGCAUUGGUAUAAUAGCUGGUUCAACAUUGGGUGGACAUCUUACCAAACAAUACGGGGAGUCAUUUGCUGCAUGUGUUGGUGCUGUGGGCAGUGUCUUCAGUUUACUGCUGGUCUUAAAGUUCAUCCCAAAAACCACUAAAUUUCAAGCUCCAACAACCCAAACAGAAAGCGAGAACAAAAGCAAGUCUGUCUUCAAUGUGGGAGAGAUCAAGAAAUUGAUGGAGUAUCCGGGUGUGACUCUAAAGUUUGUUGUGAAGAUAGUUGCAGGUUUACCAUCAGGGAUUUUUCAAGUAAUGUUUUCAGUUAUUGCAUUGGAGAUCUUUGAACUGCAACCAGAGCAGAAUGGAUAUCUUAUGGCCUUCUUUGGCAUUGUACAAAUGGUUAUUCAAGGAGGAGUGCUUGGGCGACUUACACAAAAAUACUCUGAGAGCUCGCUGCUGCUUCUGUCCAUUGGACUUUCUUCUUUGGUUGGACUGGGUCAGGCUUAUAUGCAGAGUGUGUUGCACUUAUGCCUCACCAUCAUUCCGAUGAUGCUGUCCAUCAGUUUGUUCAACGUCAUCAUAGACAGCAUGCUCACCAAGAGUGUGCCAUCCUCUGAAACAGGCACAAUGUUGGGGCUGUGUUCAUCUGUUCAAUCUCUGCUUCGCACAGUUGGCCCGACUGUUGGUGGCUUCCUGUAUGUGAACUAUGGUUAUUCCUCAAUAGGCAUAAUCCAAUUUCUUGUGAAUAUUGCUGUUUUUGUUUAUUUGUGGCAUCGACAGCUCAAGACAGAAGAGCAUAACCAAUGACAUAUUUUAACGUUUUUAUAAAUGCUCAAAAUCUCUGAAACCUAACAGAAAUGAUGAAAGACAAUAUCUGAUUUUAGCAGCAAUAAUUUUUAUAUUGUUUAUUUCUUAUAUGAUGUGAUUAGAGUAGAUACCACUAGAUGGCAGCAAGUCCUUCAUUUUACCAGAUAAUGUUUUCAGUUCCUGGAGUUUACCAUUCACUUUAAGAGAUUUUAUUAUACAUCAUUACAUUAUAAACAUUACAUACAUCAUAAAAUAUUACCUAAUAUCAGAAACUUUGUAAUGAUGUUUAUUGUCACAUGUCAUUGGUUCUUAAUAAAAUGAUUGUAUUUCUUUACAUUAAAAGACACAAACACUUCUGUUUA